AUGGCAGACCUGGCAUCGCUGCUGUUGGCGGCUACGCUGGGAGGAGGUGGGCAGCGGCAGCCCUCUCGAGGUCUUGAAUUGCCUGCGCUGUUCAACUGCGGGACGACGGAAGCGGAACCAGAAGAAAAGUUUGUUAAUGCUCCUCCACCAAAGCAAGGGCCCCUCUUUCUACGUAUGUGUGUUCUCUGCGGAAAUGACCUUGCAGCAGGCGACGUAACGGGGGCCUCUGACCCUUAUGUCAGCAUUCGUUAUGAAGGGCACUCUUUCUGCUCACCGCCCCAGAUGAACACGCUGAACCCUGUAUGGGAGUAUUCAUUUGAAACGGAAGUCAAGGACAUGGGGAUGCAGGGGGAUUUCUUGGGUUCAUGCCAGCUGAAGAUAACUCGGAACCCAUCAAAGCUCAAAAAGGAAACCAUUCCGCUUUCUUCGGUCCCAGCUCCCUUCUUUUCUAAACCCCCAAACAGCCGCAUAACUGUUUUCUACCAUGUGGUGGAGAGGCUAGAAGACCAACCCGACUUGGUGGAGCUUGCGAGGCGCCUCGGCGACGAGGCCGGCGAGAAACAACAGCCGCAGAGCAUGACCACGGAUCAUCCAUCCAUUUCAGAGGACAAAAUGGCUGCACUGCGGCUAUCCGUUGGUCACCAGAAGGCAAUCAGCCAGCCCGGGAUACCCGACGGUCUCCGUUAUUUGUAUGGGCCUCCGGGUGUGGGGUGGCAAACAGACUUCCAUUUGAAGGAUGUCACACUGGAGGAUUUGGUCCAGCUCCGUAUCGUCGUUGAGUGGAUGCUUCGAGAUGCAACCGCGGACGAAAUAGAAUUGGCCCGCAAGGAAUAUUUGAGCGAUCUCACUCCCACAGACCAAAGCCCCAGUCUCACAGCGACGGAGAAUGCGAACGCCAGCAAAGGUGAAUCCGCCCAAGAAUGUACAGAAGGAGAAAACUCCCAAGGGCGGCUCUGCCGGUUCCGUUCGAAAGUGCACCACGAGUCAAAGGGCAGCCGCCUGCUCGGAGACGAGAAGGGCUCCCCGGACAAUGAAGAUGCAUCAACCUUACACACGAGCAUGGGCGGCAAGGUCCAAAAAGAGCAAACGAAGGAGCCGGGGAACUUCAACACCGGCCAGAACAUAUCUCCAAAUGUCUCCCCUUUGCUUUCAGAAGGGGUUCCGAACUUUCGCUACAUGGCAGUUGCCCCUGGACGAAAUCCGCGAAUUCUGCACCGAACGCCGCCUCUGUGCCUGGGCAGGUCAAUUGGCUCCGCUGUAAAAGCCGCCUUGGCUCCUGCGGGGGAAUCGAAAAAAGAAGACCCUGCAGGCGCUGGCGACCCCCCCAAAGACGCAUUGACUCUUUACCUGCACUUAUACGCGGACUUCCUACCCAAAACAGAUGCGGACUACGACGCCCAACCGUGGAACGACUGUGACCCCUUCGUGGUUAUCAACUCUGGCAAUCUCAAGGCGCAGAAGUCGUCUUGGACAACGACAGUUCAGAACAAUCGCCAAAGGGAAGUGGAGUGGGAGUGCAUGACCGUUGAAGUAUGCAAAGAUCGGCGCCGCCGCCGACUGACCUUUGAGUUGUUUGAUUCGGACACUCCUUUUAUGUUUGGUUCGGGAAUCCUUAAACAGCGCAUUGGUAUGGCGCAAAUGAACCGAAUACCGCUGAACCGGCCAACAUGGCUGCACAUGUUUGGAGGAGCCAUUAACGGAGCGAGGGAAGAAUACAACGCGGCCAUGAUCAAGGGGGCUUUGGAGCCACCGUCGACGUACCGCGGCAGUCUCUGCGUCCUGGCUGACACGAAACGAACCCGGCGCAGAGACUGGCCCCCAUUCCCAGAUCGGUCGGGCGUCUCUGUGCACAUUCAGGUGACCAUCGGCAGGGCGCUCUACUUGCCAGACACAUUCAGGGGACGCGAGGUCAGCCUCUUGAUUCAAGUGCCCGGCUGUGUGCUCGAAACAUCCGGUGGGGGAGUCGGUCCUGGGAAGGGUUUGUUCUCUCAGCGCCGAGUGUCCAAACCAGUGCCCCUCACAAGUAGCCUCAGCGGCGUCCGCAAGUGCCGCGAAAUGGCUGAAAUUCCUCCGGCAAAUGCAGAUAUUCUCGAGUUUCCUGGAUACGUAGACAGCAAAGGCGUCCUGCGGUUGUACAAUUGGACAGCCCCGCGGUGGCAAAUGCAACACGACACGGCGACGGCGCUCAAAGAGGCCAGCACGAGCAACAAGAAAGGGAGUGGCUACUUAAGCUCCGGUGCCUCCGAGCCAGACACCGUUUGGAAGGACCUCGCUGAGUUGCCGCUUUCCUUAAUGAAUGCUUGGGUAUUCCGCGAGUCGGAACCAGUGUUCCUCCUUCCUCAGGUGCAGCAUGCCUACGUAUAUCUGGUCGCAGCGGGAGAGGAGCAUCUGCCCCCCAAGGUCUUUGGUCGCAUUCCUCUUACCCUGAGUGCAGGCACAAAAGCUGCACUGGACACACAUGGCACAGCGGGGGACGUCAAUGAGUGGCCACCCACAGAAGCAUUCGCCAACGAGAAAGCCAAUAGUGACUCGGAACUGGAGCAAACGAUACAAUCCAAUCAAGAAGCUGAGCAGAAAGGUUCCUUACAUCCUGCAGUGUCUCAUUGUCAAAAAAUGUCGUGGGAGGCAAGCGCAGUGCAGGACCACAUCACAGAUGCCGCCUCCGACGACGGCGUAGUCAUCGAGCCGCUGAAGUGGAUCCAGAUGCAUUGGGACCAGUCAGUUACUCCUCUCCCGGAAUGUCGUUUCCCGUCAACUUUUGCGGCUUGUCUCCUCGCCUCUGCCCGGGCGGUUUUAAACAGUACACCUCCCUCGCCAGGGUACGAUUCCACUGCGUCAGGGGACUCGCAAAGUAGCCCUGACAACCUCAGUCAAGGACACGAAGGGGAAGCACCCGACUGGGAGGAGAGUUAUGGAAUUCUUCCUAGCGAUAAAUCUUUGGUGGCUAGACACGAAAUUCCCGAACCCGAAGUCAUUUCGGUGUUCUGCGGAGUGGACACGCGGGAGCGCCGCUGCGGUCACAUAGGGAGAAAAGUGUUAAGUGAAUCACUUUUUUACCUUCCUGCUGAAAACGGACAAUCUGAACAUCAUAGUCAUGAUCGUGGCCGGAGAACAGUAGGGUCUCUUCCAGCUUCGGCAAUUCAACUGUCACCAUUUUACAAAAAGGUAUUUUUUCACGGGGACAUUCUUCAGGCAAGGAGUCUCCCGGCCAUGGACAAUGAUGCGCUCGUAAAUCCUUGGUGGUCCCUAGAGGUUGAGGGGGAGAUCAUUAAAAUGGUAGACGAGCAAAAUAUUGACCGGGAAAUGAGUUGCUUAAAAACAAGCUUGAACCCCGCUUUUCUGCAGCGGACAGUUGCCCCCAUAUAUUUAUAUCUUAGUCCUCAAACAAAUGUUGAAAGUGUCGCCUUUGCCAAUGGACUCCCCCCCUUUAACCAAUUGCUGCUGCCGCCUCCCCCCGUGUUGCUGCGUGUUUUCGACAUCGACAUCGAAAAAGGCGGCGAAGUAGCAAAGGAGAUGAUAGCCCUGGUCAUAGAGUGGUCCCCUGCCAAUUUAGACAUGCGUUAUAGAGCGGCCUUGCAGAAGUUGGACCCUGAAGGCUUUCAUGGAAGUUUGGGCAACGGAAAGCAGCUAAGGGAGUCUGUAACAGACGUUAACUAUGCCCACGAAGCGGUUUGGUACUCUCUUGCGAACAGAGAAAAGGCAACGUUCACCGCAGUAGAAGAAAGCAUGGCUACGACCCUCGAAUGGGAUGCAAAGCCGCGGCUGUUGGCAGCUGUUGGGUUUGCCUUGAACGGGAAUGACAAUAGCCCCAAUCAGCGUCAAUAUACAGCCACAACGCCAGAUUGUCGAAGUCAUCCAGAUGCCGAAGACAAAGCAUGGGUUAUCCCCCCAGUAGCGCCGUGGCCAGUGCUCGCGCUGGACAGCCCCGCAUACGUGAAAGCUUCCAAUUGCCCGCUGUUGAAAUACCAUUUUGACGUUGACGUGCUCGGCAUUCGGUGUUUACCGAACUCGCCUAUUGAGCAAGGAGGGUCGGAACUGGUUCUUCAGGUCUCUGCUUUCUGGCAAGGCAGCGCCAAAGACUUGCAACUAACGUUGAGUUCCUCAGACUUCCCAGGCCCCAAUGUGGUGGCUCGCUUUAGCGAAACCGAACCGGACACGCGGCGGAAGGUAUUUGUAGAAAUUGUUGAUGUGAAGGAAGGGAAGAUGUCGCGUCAAGUCUUACUGCCAAUACGGCGCACCGUCGAGUCAAGCACUGCACCUGGCCAGUGGGUUGGGGCGCGGUUGUCUAUUACCUCCUUCGCCACACCGUACUUACCCUACAUUCAGGCGGAAGUAUCCAACCUAUCGGAUCAGAUGGAAAGAAUGAAGCAGCGUGCAAUUACAAAGUCUUGCGAUGGCAUGGACGAAACAACGGGAGGAACAACUGAGGAUUCCUGCAAAAAAAUGGAGUCUCAAGCUGUUUUCAGCAGUCGGGGCAGCGGCCGCAUCUUGCGCAAUCACGGUAUAAAGGCAAUAUUACCAGACAUUUGCUUUCGCCUGGUAAAUAGAGACGGAGCGGAACUGGGCACGUUGUCACUGGCGCUAAAUUCGUUUGUAAAAGUUCCCCAAGGAGAGCACUGUCUCAAGUUGCAGCUCGAGAGUCCUCUGUUGGCUCGGCUUCCUCCGCCUAUGAUGGAUGUUGGAAUGAUGGAGACUCAGAUUUUCUUCUGCCCUGAGACGAUUCCUGGAGCUUAUGCCUCCCUUGCUAACUUGCUAGUGUUAAUUCAGGAGCAACGGAUUAUGCCCGACUUGCCGUUUGUCAAUACGGCGGAUGUAGACGUUCUAGUCGAAUGCUUUACCGAGCAUACAGGGGAACUCAUCUACGACUCCGACUGCAGAGCGGGCCGAAUGCUGACGGACCACGAUAUGUUUUUUGUCCGCGACAGUGCGGGCCGUGUGCACACCCACGUCUUGAAUGCUGACGAUUACUUCGCCGGAUGUGGCGAAAAGGCGGACAUUCCCUUUGUAGAGCCCAUCAUGCAGGCCGACCUGUCGGAUCCGGGCCCCACCCCUGUCGAGUAUGCCAACUUCUUUUCGGAAACGCGUCGUUGCAGCUGCGACAAGAGCGGGGGUGACCGACUCGGCUCCAAAAAGAGGAGUGUGGAGGCCUCGAAAACCUUCCGCCCUGAAGAAGAAGAACAGGCAAAGCCGGUCCAAAAGUUCGACCACAAAGCAGCGGCGAAUCAAGAGGAUGAGCGAGUCCGGCAUGCAACGCGCACGUGGCUCCGCAAGCGAGGCCAUGAAGCUUCUCUGGAUGAAGAAAGCUCGUGCUUGUUGGCUCGGCUGAUGCUGAUGCGGUCUGAGUACGACUCGGUGGAAUCCCGUGUGGUGGUCUGGUCGGCUUCACCUAGCGGAGGGGAAGGUCGCUUCGGCAGGGCAGGCGACCUUUUGCUUAUCUUUAGAACGACAGCUGACAAGCAGUACCAUCGCAUUUGCGUUCCUAGCCUAGACAUACGAUAUCCCCAUGAAAAUGCAUUCUACAUCUACGAUACAAUCACCCAGAGUUUCGUGGACUUCCACAGAGUAUGCGUGGAGCAGAAGCUGAAGCGCCUCAAGAUUCAGCUCAGAGGACGCGAACUCGACAACCUGGCAAGCGAUUGGCCAGCCUGCCCUUCUUGCACACACGCCCCACUGGCUGCAUUGAGGCAAUACCAUCACCCCUUAGCAGGACAGGCUGACCAGCAGGAACUUGAGGUGGAAAUCUUCGAACUCGAAACCGAGCUGGCGAGGCUCCGCGAAGUUGGUGGUGGGUACAGACGAGAAGCAUGUGAUGAUCCAAAGGCUGGCUUUAGCUACGCACUUGAUGUGCAACGCGGCGAGUUGGUAUGCCGGCUGAAGAAGACAAACACCUAUUUUGACCGCAACCAAAGCCUGUUGUGGUUCGACAGUUUCGCAAUGCUUCCUACCCUCAACUUAGCCCUCCCGAUGGUUUGGGGAGAGGACAAGAAGAAAAUAGCCGUUCUUAAGGGAUGGGUAAGGGUGACAGACAUUACUUCAAUGGAACAGACCCUCAGCAUUGCUCAAGAGGGUGAUAGAGGCGGUGCUGCGGCCGACAGAGCAAUAGAGACUCGGAUACAGCACCUGCAACCACCAGGAAGAAAGAAAGUUUCCAGUGUCGCUUCAGAAGCAUCUGGAGUCGCCACUGCUGGCUAUCCGCCCCCUCCAGUGGUUAUUGCUCCCCCCAUGCACCGCUGGAUGGAAGAAGUGGUGGUGGUGCAUGUCUACGUUUUGACAGCACGAAACCUACAAAAUGUGGACGCAAUAGGAAUGAGUGAUCCGUACUUAAAGGUACAACUCGGGCAGCAGCUUGUCGUAUCAGACCGAGUAUUUGAUGGGUGGCUAGCACUAAGAGCUUCCCGGAUAACGCAAUAUCAAAAGAUGUGCCCUGUGGUUGGACCGGGAAAGAAGACAUUCGUCCCUCCUUUGCACUACUUUCCGAUCGAGUUUCAAUCCCUGCAGACAGGGGAGAGCGAAGGAGAACUGGGUUUAUCCCAGGGGACUCUUCGGUACUUUGUCGACUUGCAUGGCGAAACGGAUCCCUAUGAAGAGCUUUCGAUUGCCCAUUUGGGGAGUGAGGAAGAAUUUGAGCUGCGUUUCAUCGUUUGGAAUGUCGAGAACAUUAAUGUGUUUAAAGGUUCUUCAGGCGAGCGUAAUGACCUAAAAGUUCGUGUUGAGCUUUUCAUGACGAACUUCGAAUUGGUGGACAUGUACGAAAGUUUCGACACGGAUGUGCAUUUCUUCUCGAAGCGCACGGCCACGUUUAACUGGCGUAUUCUUAAACGGGUCAAACUUCCCCUGGCUUCCCUGAGCGUCAAGCUUACUCUCGUGGAUAUCAACGCCCCUGCAGCUGACAACGCUCUCUACAAUCCAGAGACGCUUAGUCUCGACGCAAUGACUCUAACUGCUAUUACUCGGUACCGCCAAGACCAACAAGCGAUGGGCCCUGUUGACUUUGACGUUGUAUUCGAGGACCCUUUGGGGGCCGGCAUGGUUGAGCACUGGUGCCAGGCCUUUUGGUGUGCCCCCUACGAAGCCAUGGGAUGUCCCCCGGCUGUGACGGGCUGCUGCAACCGGCGAGAAGUGCGUGGAAACUUUUUGGAAGACAAUGAUGAGCUUCUAUCUGGGCCCACGACGCUUCACUGCACCGUCUCUUUGCUACCGAAGAGAGAAGCGGACGCCCAGCCAGUGGGCGCAGGUCGCGCUGCGCCGGAGCCGUUGCCGGAGCCAACAGACCGCCCGUCGCCUAAUAUGAUGUUGACUGAUCCCGUGGGGUAUUUAACAUUAGUUAUUGGAAAGCAAACGUGCGCCCUUAUACAGUGA